AUGCCGAAAAGCCCGCCCGCCGACAAGGGCCUCGAUGGCCUGGCGGCCUUUCGCCAGGUCUUCGUGCAGAGCAUCCAGAGCCAGGCUGCGGCCCAAGCUGCGCUCCUGAAACGCUUGGACGUUGAGCUGGCCAACCUCCGGAAGGAGCCCAGGCAGAUACCCGCCUCUCCGGCUCCCACCACCUUCCUGGAAGAGGCGCCCCUCGCCGAUUGGCCAUCGCCUAAGUCGGCGACGGCGCCCUCAACGCCAGCCUCUGCCUGGGCGGCAGACAACCUGUUUCGUGGCUGUUUCCGGGUGAAAAAGCGCCUCAGCGAAUUUGCAGCCAUGGGCAGCGCCGCGAGUUUGCAGGGCCCGCUGUCCGCCGCUUCGCCCACCGAGUUGCGGGGAGCCUUCGAAGCCCUGCCCGAGGCCGAGCGUCAGAAGCUCCUGACCGCGCUGCAGUCCACUUGGACCGAGGCCUACGGAGUGUGCGGCCGCUUCGCCAGUAAGGACCCAGCGGUCACCAUGAAGCUGAUCCUGGCAGAUGCACAGAUCCAGGUGAAAGAGGAGGCGGGUGCGCCUUGGUUUACUGUCAUGGGCCACCCAGAGAAAGCUGCAGAGGAUCAGAAGGACAAGGCGUUUUGGGUGGCGGCGUUUCACAGCAAGGAGGUAUACCACACAGAGCACACCACUCGGGCGAGCAACAAGGCCUUUAUAUCUGAGCUAAUGGCAACCUGUGCCACGGGUAAUCCCAUGGUCGAUAUGAACGGCACCUACCGUGGUACCAUGUAUUACCUAGAGAAGCCAGAGGCCAAAGUGGCAGGCACUAUGUAUGUGACACUCAGCACUUGGAACGCCAAGGAUGCCGACUCUGCACAGAAGCUUUUGGAACGAGCUGGCCAGCUCCUGCAUGAGUGACCCGAACCUCGUGCAGUGCGUCUUGUUUCCCACGAUGCAGAUGGGUGGAGACGUGCCGGAGGGGGUCCCCAAAGACGACCGCAACGUGAAGUUGGUCCAAGUCUUCAAGACCGAAGCCAAGAGUUCCCAGGAUGAGAAGUGGAAGGAUCUAGUGGAGGAUCCGAGCAAAGACUACACGGUGCUCAAGUUUAAGGCCCAGCAUUUCACCUGAGCGAUGGAGAAAUCCGUCUAUAAGCCUAAUGUGCGGUUUUGAGCUCAAAGUAAUUCUCACCCACAUUCGUCCUUCGAUGCUAUGCCCAGACACCCAGUGCCCCAUGUUUCUCGGU